AUGGGGGCUGCCAUUCCUCAUCUUGUUUUACUCGGUGAUAGUACACUUGACAAUGGAUUUUAUGUAGGCAAAGGCAAUCCUGCUAUUAUCGAUCAACUCAAACUAAAAGCUAAAGAACGAGGUUGGAACGUAACAUCAGUUGCUGUGGAUGGACAUUCGAUUUCACAUAUAUCUACUCAACUAACAAGAAUACCACAAGAUGCUACACAUUUAUUUAUUUCAAUUGGUGGAAAUGAUGCUCUUUCCUAUAUGCAACUUUUACGGAAAUCAGUUCAAAAUGUUGGCGAAGGAUUAAUGUUAUUAAGCGAAUCAAACAAGCAAUUUGAAAAAGAUUAUGCUGAAAUGCUAAAACAUGUUAGUGAAUGUAAAAUUCCUACAACAACAUGUACGAUCUACAAUCCGAAUUUUGAUAAUCCUGAACAGCAGCGUAUGUGUGAAACUGGAUUAUCAGUACUGAAUCAUGUUAUCAUUACGGAAUCGAUUAAACGCGGCAUUCCUGUUAUUGAUCUUAAAACAAUCUUUAACGAUCCAAAGGAUUAUGCAAAUCAUAUUGAACCUGACGUUCAAGGUGGAUCAAAAAUUGUAGAAAAUAUUCUUUACGUUAUUGAUCAUCAUCGAUUCGACGAAAAUAUUUGUUCUAUUUAUGCAAAAGGAAAUUAA